AUGAUCCAUAGUUUAUUUAUUAUCAAUGGAUCAGGGGAGGUUUUCAUGGAAAAACAUUGGAAAACAGUUGUGAGUAAAUCAAUCUGUGAUUAUUUUUUUGAAGCUCAAAAAAAAUCUGCGAAUCCUGAAGAUGUUUCACCGGUUAUUGCUACACCUCAUCAUUAUUUGAUUAAUAUCUGUCGAAAUAAUCUUUACUUUGUUGCUGUACUUACUAAUGAAAGUGCACCACUAUUUGUGAUCGAAUUUCUACAUCGUAUAAUGGAUGUAUUUGAAGAUUAUUUUACUGCAUGUACUGAAACGACACUUAAAGAUAAUUAUGUUAUUGUGUAUGAGUUAUUAGAUGAAAUGCUUGAUUCUGGCUUACCAUUAGUAACAGAAACAAAUACACUUAAAGAACUUAUUAAACCUCCAAAUUUAUUACGUAAAGUAGCUAAUUUAGUUACUGGAGAUAGUACAAACGUUAGUGAUGCUCUGACAUCGAGUCAGUUAUCAAAUAUUCCAUGGCGUCGAUUAGGUGUUAAAUAUGCAAAUAAUGAAGCUUAUUUUGAUUUAAUUGAAGAAAUAGAUGCUAUUAUUGAUCGAAAUGGGACAACAAUUAUGGGUGAAAUUCAAGGAUAUAUUGAUUGUUGUGUAAAAUUAAGUGGUAUGCCAGAUUUAUCAUUAACAUUCGUUAAUCCAAGGUUACUUGAUGAUGUUAGUUUACAUCCAUGUAUUCGAUUAAAAAAGUGGGAAAGUGAAAAAAGUCUAUCAUUUAUUCCACCUGAUGGGAAUUUUCGAUUAAUCUCAUAUCAUAUUGGUUCACAAAAUUCCAUAUCCAUUCCAAUAUAUGUAAAACAUAAUAUACAAUAUCGUGAAGGUAGCGCAGGACGUUUUGAAUUAACUGUGGGUCCUAAACAAACAAUGGGCAAAUCCCUUGAGGCUGUUGCCAUUGAAUGUGCAAUGCCAAAAAGUGUACUGAAUUGUACAUUAACACCGUCUCAAGGCAAAUGUACAUUUGAUCCAGUAAAAAAAGUUCUCACGUGGGAUAUUGGUAAAAUAGAAACAAACAAUCAAAAUUCAACACGUUUACCAACAAUACGUGGCAAUAUUACACUAGCAGCAGGUCAACCCAUUCCAGAAGGAAAUCCAACAUUAAAUGUUCGUUUUACAAUUAAUCAAGUAGCAUUAUCAGGCAUACGUGUACAACGUGUUGAUAUGCAUGGAGAAAGUUAUAAACCAUUUAAAGGUGUUAAAUAUAUAACAACCGUAAAAAAUGGUCGUUUUCAAAUUCGAACAUAA